AUGCAAAAUAUUAAAUAGUAAUUUGAUGUUGGGGAGUUAGAAAGAAGAGUAAAUUCAAAUUUAUACUAAAAUUAAAUUGAUAAUGAAUAAUCCUUUGGUGCUUUUUACAACUUAAGUGCAUAAAGUGAAUAGUUAAGUGGCUUUAGUUAUUUGAAUGAGGUUGAGAUUUAGCAAAAUGAUAAGAUAGAUCUAAAACAAAAAAAAAGACAGGAGCCUAAAAACAGAAAGAAAAAGAAGAUGAGAUACAAGAUCAGCAAUAAGAGAAAGACAAAGAAGAUAAAAGGAUUUCAAAUAGAUGAAGACAUAAGACUAUUAGAAUCAGUUGGUUAAAUUAUUUCCAAAAAGGACUGUCAGUAUAAUCUUCGAUAUAGAUGGGAAGAAUUAUUAGGAAUUGUCUAUUAUGAAGAGAAUGAGGAACAUUUUAUAGAAAAUGGCUCAGUAAAUUAAUCUAUUGAUUAAAUUGAUCAUAGUAGUUUGAUUAAGAUGUUACCUGAGUCAUACAGUUGUCCAAAAAUAAGAGAUAUGUUAGAAUGUUUGAUCACAAGGGUGAAUGUCAUUUUGAAUGUGUGAAUUUUGAUGAUAGUUAUUUAUAUCUAUAAUUUUAUGUUAAUGAGUUGAAA